CAUCAAUCAUAAAUAAUCCAAUAUGGCUGACUGCUUCCAAUGGGGCUGUUCGCGGUUAAAUUUUACAAAUUUGCUGUUGUAAUAAAAUAGUUUCAAAUGAUACUACAUUGCCUUACAUUAUAAUGUAAGUCAAUGUACCUAAUGAAGACUUUCCCGUAUGCUGAAGAUGCCAGUUAACUCUGUAACUGAAACGAAAAAAGGAGUCGACAGAUCUAGAUUUUCCCUGUCAUUAAAUAGAAAUAAUGCAACACUGAGCAACGAAAAUAAGGAACUGACAGAGAACUCGAAGGAGAACAGUGACCCUUUUAAGCAAACUACUAAUAAUAAUAAAGAGAACAAACCUGUAAAAAGGCCUUUUAAAAGUGUAUACUCGAAUACUUUAUCUGCUGCAAAGAGAUUGAAGCCUCUUUCGGAGUCAGUGAAGCUAUCAGCCAAGCCAUCUGACAUAGAGUUCAUACUCUGGGAGUCUCCUCCUGCCAGCACUGCCAUGUUGAAUGGCCACACAUCAGACAAUCAGUAUGCAGGGAGUACACAGCGUAAGACUCCCAUUGCCACCUUGUCUAAUUUGGGGAACACCUGCUUCCUCAACAGUGUGCUCUACACUUUACGAUAUGCACCACGCUUCCUUCACAACCUGCACCAUCUUGUGUCUGACCUAGCAAGUGUGGAACAGAAGUUGGGUAGCAUCCGACUGAAAAGUUCCUCUCUUGGUCGUAGUGCAGCCGGCUUGGCUUCUUCGGGGACCAGAUCUUGGAGCAGUAAAGACCUUCUAUCUCUUGGACAAUCUGAUAACAGUGCUGGGAAAAGUAAAAUACAGAUUGCAACGGAAAAGCUCCAUGAGACGUACUUCAACCUUCGUGCUGCGGAGAGUAAAUGCCUGAACAGCAGCUCUGCAGAUGCUAGCCCGGAGCCCUAUGCAGCUGAUGCCUUUUUAGCUGCACUACGAGAUGUCAACUCAACUUUUGAAGGUAACAGACAACAAGAUGCGCACGAGUUACUGGUGUGCAUAUUGGACAACAUACGAGAAACGUGCAGAGCGCUCAGCGCGCGCGCCAGCCGACUGCAAAUACAUGAGAACGGUGACAGCAAUGGAAUAGGUCGCCAACCAAGUUUAGAAGGCGACAGUGGGAAGCCGACUCUAGGUAACUUGCGCAAGUCGUGGAAGAAACGCAAAGAAGUGAAAGCCAGCGACAAACGGGCAUCACCCACUGACGAGCGUCCACCUUCGCCUGCUGAUCUGGAGAAAGACGAGAGAUCACGACCCGGGUGGGAUUUCGUCGCUGAUGAUUUCGAAGGCACAAUGGUAGUACGCACAAUGUGUUUAGAAUGUGAAGCAGUGACGGAAAAGGCGCAGGCAGUGUGCGAGUUGUGUGUGCCUGUUACUGAAGACGAGACUGAUGACGAACCCUUCCGUGCCGCCUGCCUCUCUACGGAGUACCUGCGAGAUCAGAAUAAGUACUGGUGCGAGCGUUGCCUGCGCUACAACGAGGCGCGGCGCAGCGUCGCAUACUCCCGCCUGCCGCGCCUGCUAGUGCUGCAGCUCAAACGGUUCAGCGGCGGCAUGGAGAAGAUCACUCGCCACGCACCCACGCCACUACUUAUGCCCUGCUUCUGUGAACCUUGUGCUAAAAGACCUCCAGAACAACCACCCACGCACAGAUACAUCCUCUGGGCUGUGAUCAUGCACUUGGGCCAGACACUGACAGGCGGGCACUACGUGGCGUACGCGCGGGACGGGGCGGCGCUGGGCGCGAGCGCGGCGACGUGCGCGCGUAAAAGUAAGAGCAUUACAUUUAUUAAAGAAAUCAAGGAGAUCUUAUUAUGCGCAUAA